UACCAAAUAAGUUCGCUUCGAGUACGGAACCCUCGAUUUCAGUGCGAGUGUAACUCGCACUUGUCCGAUUUUUUUCGUUUUUUGCGGAAAAAUACAUUUUUUUAUUAAAUUUAUCAUUUUUCUUCAAAAAUUUAAUAAAAAUUGAUCAUCAACUCCAAUCGCGCUUACAUUUUUUCCCUGUAUUUUUCACGCAAAAAUACAGUUUUACAGCAAAUGUGAACAAUUUGGGUUGAAUAUUGUGUGCGCUAGGGAGAAUAAAUCAUUUUUUUCGAAAUUUUUGAUUUUUCCUUGACAACGCUAUGUAAAUUGAUCGGAAUCAAGUUCGCUAUAUUUUUCCUGUAAUUUUCACGUAAAAAUACGUAAGUGUACCAAAUUUGAGCUCUUUAUGUCAAAAGAUGUGGCCGCUAGGGGGGGGUACAUAGUCAUUUUUAGGCAUUUUUCGUAAAAAUUCAUGGUUUUUCCUUGACAACGCUAUGUUAAUCAAUUCCAAUCAAGUUCGCUAUAUUUUUCCUGUAAUCUACACGCGAAAAUACAUAUGUGUACUAAUUUUCAACCCUCCAGAUAAAUUUGUGUGGCCGCUAGGGGGGGGGGUACACGAUUUCAAAAAAACCGAUAUUAAUAGGGUUCCGAACCGAGUACGGAACCCUAAAAAUGAAUAAAAUUUAGUUUGAUAAAUUCAAAAUUUGAAAAAUAUUUCAGUAUCAAAGAAACUUUAACUGAUUCAAUUAUGAAUCUAUUUUAACAUGCGCGCCAAAUUUUGAAAAUUAAUCGUAUUUUGAACAAAAUUUAUUUACUUGCAAAGAGUCAAUAUCUUAACAAAGAAGCAACAAGUGUGUGUGUGUAAAUUAAAUGUUUUUGUAAAAGGAUUAUAUUUCUGAAAAGUCUAUUUGCUGUCGAAAGUAACUGCAUAAUAUCGAGGAAUAAAGUUUCGAUAUGCUGUCAACAAAUUUAUACGUUUUUGGGAUAUUUCUCAUUUCUAAUUUGGCAUUAUUUGCACAAUCAGACGAAUAUCGUUUACCUAACAAUGUAAAACCGCUUACUUAUAAAUUAUUCUUAAAUCCUGAUUUGAGUGCUGAAAAUGGAACUUUUGAAGGGUCAGUUUCUAUUUUGAUAGAUAUUAUUAGUACUACGAAUAAUUUGACCCUACAUGCAUCAAAAUUAACAAUAGACACUUCGCAAACUAUUUUAAAAAGUAAAAAAAAUCAAUUUAUACCUGUAAAUCAUACACUGGAUGAAGAUCACGAAUUUUUGAUAAUUAAUUUUGAAAAUGACUUACAUCGAGGACAAUAUGAACUUAAUUUAUCAUUUCAUGGAGAUUUCAAUAGUAAUAGUGAAACUGGAUUCUAUAAAAAUUCUUAUAUUGACGAAAAUAAUCACACAACAUAUUUUGCACUAACACAAUUUCAACCAACUUUUGCUCGACAAGCAUUUCCAUGUUGGGAUGAACCCGCAUUAAAAGCCUCUUUUAAGAUUGCUAUAAAACACUACUCAAAUUAUACAGCUCUCUCCAAUAUGCCGGCAAUAAAAGGCAAACCAAUACAUAUGGAUAAUGGAAAAAUUUGGACGGAAUUUGAAAAAACCCCAUUAUUAUCUACUUACACAGUGGCAUUCACGGUUUCUGAUUUUAAAGAGAUAACCAAUCAACACAAGAACUUUUCCAUUUGGACGAGAAGAAAUGUUGCUGAUGAUCUAAUUCAAUAUGGAUUUAAAGUUGCAGUUGACGCAAUGAAAAGUUUUGAAAAUUUCACCAAUAUUCCAUAUUCCCUUCCAAAAAUGGAUAUAUUUCUUGUGAAAGACUUUUUCAUUUCCGGAAUGGAAAAUUGGGGAUUAAUUCUAAUCAAAGAAGAAGAUUUUUUAUUUCACAAUAAAACUGAUAAUGUAAUAUUACAUUCUAUGGGAGGAACUAUAUGUCACGAAAUAAUUCAUCAAUGGAUAGGAAAUCUAGUUUCACCUGCAUGGUGGUCCGACCUAUGGAUAACAGAGGGUUUGCCAAGCUAUUAUCAAACUUUAGUUUUUGACAAGAUGGGAGUACAAGAGAACACUGAGACAGAAAUCUUCUAUCGAAAGCUGCGGGGAAGUUUCUUACUUGAAGAAGAUCGAACUUGCCAACCUCUUCAUCAAAAAAUAAAUUAUGCAUCUAAUAUCUUUCAUGAUAUUACAACACUUUAUUCUAAAUCGCAGAUAAUUUUUAAUAUGUUAGCCAGCAUAAUUAGCAGACAGGUUCUAAACGAUGGAAUCAAGAAAAUUUUAAAAGAAUACCAAUUUAGUACAAUUUCAACGGAUCAGUUUUUUGAAACUAUUCAAGAAUCUGUGAACAAUUCCACUUAUUUACGGGGUAAAUACGACUCAUUGGAUGUCAAGUCAUUAAUAAUGCCUUAUAUUACACAAGUUGGAUAUCCAGUUAUCGAUGUAUUUAGAGAUAAUGCAACAGGAAUUAUAAAAUUAACUCAAAAAUGUUAUGUAUGUGAAGAGAAUAAUUCCACGGAUCUAAAAUGGCCAAUUCCAAUAACUUAUACAACAGAAUCUUUACUUGAGUUUAAUUUUUCACAAACUAUUAAUCUUUUUACUCCUUCAAUGAAUGAAUUAAUCAUAAAUAAUGUUAGUUUGAAUGAUUGGAUUAUUUUCAACAUACAGCAAAAUGGGUAUUAUCGAGUUAAUUAUGACGAAACUACUUGGCAACAAAUAACAGAUUUCAUGAAUUCCAAGAACUAUACGAAAAUUCAUGUCAAAAAUAGACUUAGAAUUUUGGACGACGCUGGUUGGUUUUAUCUUAAAGGAAAAUUAUCAAAAGAAAAUUUUUACAAACUUUUAUCGUAUUGUAUACGUGAGAGAUCAAAUUUAAUUUGGUCAUCAUUAGGUGAUAUUCUAAUAAAAAUUAUUCUUUAUAUGAAGGACAAUAUACUGGAUUUCUACAAAAAUAUUGUCGAUACAAUUGUAAAGGAAAAAAUGUUUGAAGAAAAUGAUCAACGAUUGGUGCAUAUUAAAGAAAACCUUAGAAUGUUAGAUCUCUGUCAUAAGAACCCAGAACUAUUUAGAUAUAUCUUUUAACUAGAAAAUCAUUUAAAAAAAUAUUUAUUUGCAAAUUAUUUUCUUUGAAUAGCUAAUUGUUUUAUAUUUCUUGACUAUAGAGUAAUUACUUCAUUAUAUUUCGACUAAAGUGGUGGAGAAGUAUUUUCUUUUUAAUUAAUAUUUAAUUAAUAUUUUAAUUAAUACUGAAUAAUUCUGUAAGAUAUCUGGUGUAUAAAAUAAAAAAUUAUAUUAAAAUUUC